UUCUGUUGAUGUUGAAAAUUUGCUUGGGUAAUUUGGAAAUUGAUCUUUCUUUUUCGGUGGCUUUAACUCCCUUCUUCAAUUGAAAUCUUGAAUCUUCGAAGUGAAUCAAAGCGCCAGGGAUUACUUGCAAGAAAAUUCUCUGAUUCCUAAGUCAGUUGAGUGUUUAUUUAAGCAGAAUAAUAGUAGAAAAAUCAGAGUUGCAUUUGUUGUUCCCAACAUUGGCUAUUUAUAGCAAUUGAGAGGAGAGUUAUGGAUUAGGUGGAGAAAUGUGAUUGGUCGUUGAAUAACCAACUUUCUCACCUCUAAUUUUCCUCCUCUUUAAAGAUUAUAUUAAAAACAAGUAAGAAUUCCCUUCCACUUUUGUUGGAAGGGCUUACUUCCACUUCUACGCAGAAGCGGUCCUUAUAUUUGUUUAAAUAACUACCUACUUGAACACACCGUAUCAAGCUUUUUCAAUAGAAAUGACUAAUUAGGCCGGCUAAAAAGCUUCGAGCCCAAUGUCAUACGACAAAUUUGGUAUUAGGCUCAAUGCGACAUUUUUUGGGUUCCAAAAAUUGCCCCUCGGCCCAUAUCCGGUCGUUCUGUGGACGCAGAUGUGAGCCUAUCAUUGUGAAUGAUAAUUCCAAAAAUGCCCAUGGUCUAAUCAUGCCUUAAACAUUUAUUGCUUAUAACCAUGGUCUGUUCGAUUUCAGCGAUCACAUCCCAUGUUCCCGAGAAUUGAGGAUUAAUGGGGAACACCCACAACUGUUGGCGAUUUAGCUUCCCUCGUUAUUUGAAAUGGGAAAAUAAAAGGUCGCUUCUUCCUCUCUUCUUCUUAGUCGACUCUUCAACUAGACUUUCUCUCAGUCCUUUCUCUCUCAAGAACUUCGUAAAGCUUAAACACUUUUUACUGCAAAAAAUUGUCAAUUAUGGCUUGCAGACUGUCUUUAGAACCUAAUCCGAAGAAGAAUUACCAUACGACUCUUGAUCAUUUGCUCGCGGACUAUGACAUACUUGAGAAUGCCUCGAUUCGCAAACUCACGGAGAGCGAAUUGUGUAAUUGGUGACACAAAGAUGUCGUUAAACCAAGCGAAAUAAUACUUGGUUCCAAGCACAUUGAAUAUCUCUGUUUCCCUCUCCCUGCAACCAUUGAACAUAUUUUUUCCGGCUACAAGACGCACAUUUGUCAAUUCAUGCCAAACGCUGUCCAGGCGAUAGUUGGGGCACACAUGCUUGACGCCAUGCAAGGCCUUUCGAUCGGUUCAGGUGACAUUUAUGCCGCCUUCACCAAAUCUAAUAAUAAGUCUUCCGAGAACAGGUCAUGGAAGACAUUUUACUUGUCUCCCAGGAAGGAUAGAUACAUCUUUACUGAUUGUGACAGCUCCAACAAAUUCCAACAAGAACUAGAAUGAAUAUGUUUGUGGUCGGCAGGGAAUGGUACCCCAGAUUCCUACCUCGCAACAUAUCGCCACUUGCCAGAACUUUCAUGAUUGGUAAGCUUCGAAUUUUAGUAUCUUCAAUUUUAUUUUAAUUGCCAAAAUCAAGAGCUAUGUUAUGCUGUUUUCGACAGCGAGUUUGCUUUAGCAUAUUCAUACUUGUAUGUCCAAAUUCUUUGAAUUUAGUUGUGUUUUUCUUUUGCUUAUUUUUUUUGCUCCAGAUUGUUUCUGGCCGAUUGUCAAAAUUAGUGAUGAAAGGGACAACCUUUUGAUGCAAAGAGGUUUCUUUCACGAGUCUAAAGAUUCAGCCAUCAGUAUCUAGACAGUUUGCAACCCAUACUGCAUGCAUAUUAUGCUGCGCUUGUGCUUUACAACCGAUAUGGACCCCAAUGUUGCUAUGGUUCGAGCCAUGUGGGGCGAUUGUAAGGAGGCGGAUGUCCUCAAGGCGUGUGAGGAUUUGAUGAAGAGGUUCACUUCUCGCCCCCUACCAUCUUAUGCCCUUUCGCCCUUUGAUGAAGAGAUCGAGAGGACGGUUUCUAAGACCCAAGCGACACAUGAAAGGUACUGCUCAGCUCCGGAGGCCAGAAGCAGAAGAGCGUCUUCCGUGGAAAUUCCCAAAGCUGCCCUCAAUAUUAGUGUUGGGAAUAUCUGCUUAGUUAAUUUUUGAGCCCUGCCAUCCCAAAAGGUGUUACCCCAACAAGCUGCGGGUUCAUUCAAGCCCAAAAAGAAAAGGAAAACCCCGCCCGCAGGUUUCAAUGAGGAUUCUGACGACGGGGCUGUGUUGGCUUCCCAAUUUAAGUUUUUGAGGAGAGAAACUACUAGCCCAUCGACCAACAAAUCUCUUGGUGCAGGUUCUAGUCCUGCGCCUCGUAUAUUGUCAAGUUCUAUCAUAGCAUCCGCUAGCCAGAAAAGGCGACCCGAAUGUACUAACCAAGUUGCUAUCCAUGUUUUGGGGGUGUUAAGUGCCCCUCAAGUAGCUUCCGUCACUCGUGAUUCUAUGGGGGUGUCCCCUAGUUUAAUUCUAGGGCAUCCGCCAGUAUCCAAAUCCCCAAGUGUGGGGUCUUCUCAAGUUUCUGAAUGUCCUGCCAUAAUAGUUCCCGUGACCGCUGCCUCUGCCCCUACUAUUUGCUUACCAUCUACCCCUUGAGUAUCUACUGCUGGGAUUCCGACUCCUGCAAUUUUGGGUGGUGCCCCUGUCUUGCAAACUGCCCCUUCUGAAGGUUUUGGUGCAGUUAAAAAGGGCUCGAUUUCUUUAAAGAAGAGUCGUUUCCUUGAUAAUUUGUUUGCUAGUGUUGAGGAAUCUCCAGGGCGGGAAAGACAGAUGGUUGCUCUAGGAGUGAUGUUUCGGAGGGGAGCUCUGCUAUUGAAACUUCUUCUGUCCAGUCGCCACCACUACUCCCCCUUUCUUCAGGUUUUGAUUCACCAACUGAAUUUUUGAAUCAACUUGGUUCGACUGUGGUGAGCACCCCAUCUUCUUACCAAGCGAGCUAGAUUGUGAUGAAGAAGGGAAUGUUGAUGUGAUUGUGGUUGUGAGUGAACCUGAGAGGCAAAAGACUCAGAUGGACGUUGUUGCCCUUGCUGUGCCCAGUGGUUCUAAUGUAAGUUCUUCGCCAGGGGUCAUACCUAUGCCAAGCAUAGUUAUGUCCCUUCCUCCUUUGCCCCAAGUGGAAGCUGUGAGUGUUGUGGCGGAAGUGCCCGCCAUACCAUCAAAGGUUAGUGAAGCAGUUAUGCUUGGUGCCCUUCUUGCCUUUAUGCUUGAUAGAAGGGUAGUGGCAGUUAUGGCCAAUAGAAGAGAUGGUGUGGUGGCACGUGACCUUAAGGAGAAGGACAUUCUUCGGGCAGCAGUUGUGCAUUUCCCAUGUGAAUUGGUGAGGCACAUGGAUGACGUCUGCAAGGCGAAAGAAGCGAUGCGUGAAUAUCUAAUAUUGGGCUGCUUUUAUUCAAACGUCCUUGAACGUCACAAUUUAGUCAGCAAAGGACAGUGGAAAGUGGUGACGGAGGACCAAGGGAGGAGAACUAUGGAACUAGAGGCCCAGUUGGCGGAGGCUCGUUGGGCUUUGGAGCAGGAGAAGGAGCAAAGGUUAAAGAAUGAGAAGUUAGUUGAAGAGAUGGCGAAAAGGCAGAUAGCCGUGCGACGGAGCUGGCUAAUAUGGAAAUGGAAAAGAAGAAGGCUGAGGAGGACAAGUUGGAGGUCCAAAAGAAAUUGGAGUCCACGGAGGAAUUAGUGCAGAUUGUAAGAGGGAAAGUUGAUGAGGCGGACAAGCUUUGUAGUGCUGCACUUGCAGAAAAGGAUGCAACGACUCUGGCUCUGGGCGGAUUUGCAAGAGAAGUUGAAAGUGGCAAAGGGAUAGGUCAAUGACCUUCUGCAAGAUAUCAAACAAGUCCACAUUGAGAAGACUUGGGAGCGUAUACUUGAUUGAGAAAUUGCAGAGAAAGUGAAUAUCCAGAUUGGGGAACUGGAAUUGGCCAAGUAUGUGGAUGCCAUUUUGAAUGAUGACAAACGGUCGCUCGCACUGAAGAGGGGCAUGCUUGUGCAAUACUGUGAGUCAUUUAACAUUGUUCUUGGCAAUUAUCAUCUGGAACAUUAUUUGUGGGACUU